AUGGCUGUUGCAACACCCACCCAUAACCGGCUGAAGCUGACUCCAGCCAACUCUCCGUUCCACAACCGACAGACUCGUUCGCCGCUUCGCCCCCGCCUCUCCCAUGAACCCCGCCUGGCUUUGAAAAGAGUGAUUGGAACGACGUGCACCUCGCCCACAGGAUUCGACACCGUCAAUUCCUCCUUUGCAUAUGUAGCUGGUGCUGCAGUGGUGGUGGUGGAUGUGUGCGGGGACCAGUACUUGCAGCGAUUCUACCGAGCUCGGCCUACAACCUUGCCCCUCUACCAGGCGGCGACCUUCCAGAAUAAUUCUUCCACUCCAGUCGGGACUCCCAAGGCGAACGACAGUCGCGGGCGAGUCGCCGCUAGGGAUUCACCCUACUCCGACUGGGACUCACCGAGCUCGAAAACAUGGACCAGCCGUGAGCGUGUGAAGGCUGCAACCUGUCUAGCCCUAAGCCGGGAUGGGAAAUACCUGGCUGUGGGCGAGACGGGAUAUGCACCCCGGGUUCUAAUAUUUAAUCUACACGAUGCGUCGUCGAAUGUACCGCUCGUUUCCAUUAACGAACAUGCCUUUGGUGUCAAGGCCGUGGCCUGGUCGGCAGACUCUCGGUGGCUGGCCACCCUAGGUGCUGCCAACGACGGCUUCCUCUACGUCUGGAGGAUCGAUCCCCGAACCGGUGCUGCAAAGCUGUUCCAGCAGAACCGGUGUACGUCCCACAUCAGAGACAUGGUUUGGCUGGGCAACUCUCUCCUCACUUUAGGAUUGCGUCAUGUGAAGAUGUGGAAAGUCGAGGAGGGGCCGGCAAUCUCGCCCACAAAGCAGAGGUUCAUGAGCGAGUCGGCCCCAACACCGCCAUCCCAGAGAACACUGCCUGGACGCAACGUUCUGCUGGGUGGGCUUCUUGAGUCAACUUUCAGCUGUGCCUGUGUUGACAAGAACAGGCUGAUCAUCUGCACCGAGUCAGGCGACGUCUGUAUCCUGGACGAUGAUGACAAGCAGAUGAAGCUGGUCAAAGUCCUCAACCUGGGAUACAACAUUACUUCUAUUAUCAUUAGGGACAAUCUCGCUUACAUCGGUGGCAGCCAAGGGCAAUUGUCAACCGUGAAUGUUGGGGGCCUCAUGGAGGGCCUUGCCACGAGUGUGUUGAGAACAACACAAGCAACAAAUGGUGUGCUUGCCAUCGGGUUCCUGACGAAUAAACUCGUCACGAUUGACUCUGACCAGUCCAUCGACAUUUGGAACCCGGAUCACUUCCCAGGAGACGAAACCGAAACAGAAGCGUCGAUUCCAAUUCCUGGCGUUGGAGAGGCGGUUGCUGGAAUUCAGCCACUGCCGAAAUCGAACAGGAUAGGAGCUUCUUUCCUAACCUGGUCAGGUUCGGGGAAGGUUACAUUCUGGGAUCUAGAAGGGCGUGUGAAACUAUCGAUGGACAUCGCCCUUGAUGUAUCAGACUUUGAUGCCGAGUUCGGCCUGGUUAACCAGCUGACUUGUGCUCACGUAUCAGCCAGUGGAAAACUACUCGCCACGGCUGAUCGUCAAGGUAUUCUGAGAAUAACGGAUACUGAGACUAAAGAGUGCCUCCUCGACACGAAGGCACAUUCCGCUGACUGCCUCGGCAUCAGCAUGUUCGAGGACGAGAAAAGCUUUCUGAUGGCUUGUUGCGGGCGUGAUCGAACGACACAGCUGUUUCACAGAGCCUCAGAUGGCAGGAUUGAGCAUUUCCAGACGCUCGAGUUCAAUGCUAAAGUGGUCCAAGUAUUGAUUCCGUCAGACGACAGAGUUGUAACAUGCUCUACAGAUCGAACUAUGCAAGUCCACGAUAUAGUCUGCAAAAUGGACGACCCCGAUACCAUUGCCGCCAUCCCUUCGAGGGUAAUCCCCCUCAAGGUUUCACCAUCCUCCAUGGCAAUAAGCCAAGAUGGCAAAAACAUCUUCGUCUCCUAUCUCGACCGAUCCUUCUCCCAGUUCGAACUCGCCACCGGCCGCCAAAUUGCCAACUUUAAAUGUCUUGAUGAGGGAGGGGUUGAAACAACCGUUCUUGAUUCCCUCUGCUUUGGUAACUGGGAGCCCAAGGAUCAAGAUUUUUUGCUUGGUUGUUCCAAUACGGAUAAGUCGAUUAGACUUUAUGAUGCGAACUCGGGCUCAUUUUUGGACCGUGAAUGGGGCCACACUGAAGCUAUCAAUGGUGUGGCUCUAAUAGAUGGUGAGGAUGGGAGUCGGAGGGUCAGACCCUUCACCAGCAAAAGACGGGCCAACAGGACGCCCAACGUUGAGAAGAGUAUUAUCAAAGGCAGAUUUGGCCGAAUUUCAAAGACCAACGCCAGGUGGUCGCCAGUCAUCACCACCUCGGACACUCAGACGGCGAGCAUCACGAAAGACGAUUUUGACCAAUAUUAUAAAGACACCCACCGGGCCCCAAUACGCAAGCCCCAGCACCAUUAG